AAAAAACUUUGACGUCAUCAUUGUGAGACACACAUUGCUUCGCUAACUAGUAACAAACAUGGACGCACGUGGAUAAAACAAGCAUUAUUCUUGUGGUUUUUAAAGAUCAUAGUGUAACAUGAUGGCCAGCAAGAAAAAAUCGGGGGUGCUCAAACGCAAAAGCACGGGAAAAUCUCCGGGUGGGCUGCGUCAGAAGCUGGAAGCGGCCGAGCCUGUGAGCAGCGACGGAGAAGACUCCGAGUUGGAAAGAAACUUUGCACUUUUUAGCAAACGGGGCGCGACGACAAGCGCCGGACAGGAGCACGAAUCAGACCGCGAAUCAGAUCCCGAAGAAGAUGACGGUGAUCUGAGUUCAGACGGCAGCGAGUCUCCCGAAGAGGCGAGAGCUACCGAGUCCGUCCCUAUCCAAGGGGAUGUUGAGAGCAGCGACGGGGAGGCUGAGGCAGACAGCGAGGAUGACAGUUCUGACGAAGAAGAGACACAACCCGGCGACGAUGGAGAAAUGAACGCCGAGGAGGACCUGAAAAGCGAACUUUCCACAAUGUCUUUCGAGGACAUCAUGAAACUGCAGAAUAAAGUCGGGUUGAAGGUUUACAACGAAGUGGCCUACGGGACCAAAAACAAGCAGGCGCACGGGAAGAAGAAACGCCUGAACAAGAACAGGCCUAUGGAGAUAUCCGCAAAGAGGCCAGCUCCUUUUCUAAGACAAGUGGUGUCUGUCAAAAAACCGGUUCUGAGGGACCCUCGCUUUGACGACCUGUCUGGGGAAUACAAGCCGGAGAUCUUUGAGCAGACCUACAGCUUUAUUCAGGACAUAAAGCAGAAAGAAAAAGAGAUGGUUCAGAAGAAGCUACGGAAAGUCAAAGGGCCCAAGAAGAAGGAGGAGCUGGAACAACUGCUGAAGAGGAUGGUGCACCAGGAGGAGGCCCAUAAGCGGCAGCAGCAGCAGAGGGAGAAGCAGCUGGAGCUGAAGAGGAAACAGAGGGAGCUCGUGGGACACGGACACAAGCCCUUCUUCCUCAAAAAGUCCGAGCAGCGCAAGCUGGAGUUGGCGGAUAAGUACCGCGAGCUGAAGCGCAGCGGGAAGCUGGAGAACUUCCUGAGCAAGAAGAGGAAGAGGAACGCCACCAAGGACCGCCGGAAACUGCCCCCGCGCCACGCGGAAAACUGACGCUCUUCCCGCCGGGAACGUCCGGAAUGGCGGGGCGGAUGCGGCCGCCUCGGUCACUUGCGGGACUCUUCGUUUGAGGUCGACGGUCGAUGGAGAGUAGCCGGAGCCUGGCGAGUUGUGUGUCGUUCGGUUGUCGGCUUGGCGGUCGCCAGCUGCAGUCAGAACCGCCGGGAUCCGGUUCCGGACCGGUUCGUACGGGGCCCAACCCGUGAAAACGAACUUGUGUUUUAACCGUGAAGUAAAUGUUUGUUUAUCUCCAA